AGCACUCUUUCCGGACCAUUGGCGGCGGCAGUAGCACUUUGUCAUCGGCGCGAUUUACACCAGACACGGAUCGAAAUCUGAAUCGGUCGAUCGGCUAUAUAUGUAACUAACUAACUGGUGACUUAAAUCGUGAUCGCGAUCGGUAUUGGAAUUGGAAUUGGAAAUCGGGAGAUCGAGAGUAUAUGCGCUGGCCAAGUAUAAUUGCAGCAAUUUAAUGUCAACGCUGAACUGCUGAUGCUGCUGUACUUGUACAUUUUUCUUUGCCCUGGCAAUUGGAGAUCCUCCAGCACUCGUCCAGAACGUUUAGCGAAAUUCGCAAAAAAAAAAAUUAAAGAGAAGAAAAACAAAAACGUUUACCCCCGAAAUGAAGUAUUGAGUUACGCAAGGAAUGGUUUCCUAGUAUAGUGACUGACAGGUCGGGAUCCCCAUUAAUUUCAAAACGAUCCGAUCCGAUCGAUCGAUCGACUUUGAUCUAAUCCGAAGGCAAGGUCGUUCGAGGUUCAUUCAAGCGGAGCACCAAAUUGGUCAUCUGAGCAGCUUAGAAAACACGGAUCAUCGAGAGCGGUACGGUUUCGGUUUUCAAUCGGUUUUGUUGUCGGUUUCUCAGUCUCACUCUGCUCAGUCAAAGACGCGGAAGGAUAGUUAUUUAAACCCAAAAAAAAUACGCUGAAAAAUGUACCUUUAAAUUAGCCAUGAGGCAUCGGACUUAAGACAUGGACUAUUAAUAUUCAGUGCGAGUCCAAAAAUGUCAAUCACUUGAUUACAAACGACAAACAAAAUCCAGUGAAGUGCUCGAAUUCGGGUUGCAUAAAUAAAAGCGACCACAUGGAAAGUUGAAAUUAAAAGUCAGACUGUGAAGAUACGACGAUUUUUCAGCGGAGUUCACACAACGCAGCUCUUUUUUUAAAGAAAUGGCUUCCACAAGUAGCAGUCAGCCGGAGAAGAACCGAUCACAUGUCCCGCUUUGCCGCCUGGGAACGGAGCCGAUCAGUCGGACGAGUGCCGCUGAGGAGCCCAGUGGGCAGAGGGAAUGCUACUACUAUACCCCAGCUACCUCCCCGCAUCACCAUCAUCAUCAGCACCAUCACCGCCUGAAGGAGAACCACCGGCACCAUCAUCAUCAUCAUCAUCAUCAUCAGAACCAGCAGAUGCAGCACCAUUGGCCAUCGCGACUGGGUCCGAUUGGUCCCUGGUUGGGCGCAAUGACCGCCUAUCGACUGCUGACAAUCAGCCUCCUAAUUGGCAUUCUGUGUCCACAUCACGUCCAGGGAGCGGACCCCAAGUUCGAUCCAACCACGCGCAUGCGCCUGGUUCUUGUCCCGGCGGACGCACAGGUCAAUUCGGUAAUCUAUAGGUUGCGUGCCACCGACGAGGAGUUCGACUAUCCAUUGACCUUCGAGUUCGUGGGCGAUGCCAGCGCCUCUACUGUCAAGGUGGAAUCGCUACCCUGCACCAAGUACAAUUCAGUGUGCCAGGCGAAUAUCGUUCUGCAGCGUCGUUUGGAACCCGGUAGAUACUAUGACUUCCAGGUAUCGGUGAAGGACACCAAGGGCGGCAUGACCACGCAACUAUGCUCAAUUACGGCCACCAAUUUCACUACGCCGCACGAAGUCAUCUUCCCGCACAAACCCGGCAUCAUAAUGAUACCCGAGGAUGCUAAACGCGGCACGGAAUUGGAUUAUGUAAUUGCCCGCAAGAAUCCGCUGUUUCAAAAACCAGUCUACCUCGAAUUAUGGGGUUCUCCACUGUUUGCCAUAAGACAAAAAAUCGUAUCUUCCGAGACCACUGAGGGCACUGUCUUUCUCCUAGGACCUUUAGAUUUUGAGAAGCAAGCCAUGUACCAUCUAACGAUACUAGCCAAUGAUGCUUAUGCUGAGCCUGGUCAAGAUAGUCGUAAUAUAGCGGGAAUGGAGAUUGUGGUUAUCGUCCAGGAUGUUCAGGAUCAGCCGCCAGUGUUUACAUCUGCUCCACCAGUUACCAAACUGCCACCGGGCAUAUUGCCAGGCGAUAAGAUCCUACAAGUACAUGCCGAGGAUGGGGACAAGGGUAAUCCCCGAGAGGUUCGCUAUGGCCUGGUGUCCGAGAACAAUCCGUUCACCUCGUUCUUCGAUAUCAACGAAACAAGCGGUGAGAUCUUCUUGAUGCGACCCCUCGAGGACAUUGCCUUCAUCACGCAUGUGGGUGAUCCGGUGCUGCUCACCGUAAUUGCGGAAGAGGUUAAGGUGGGUCGUGACGAACCGCCCGCACUGGCCUCCACGGUCCAAUUGGCGUUCUUUCUGCCCGAUCGCACCAAUUCGCCGCCGUACUUCGAGAACGAUCACUACGUCUCGAGGGUGGACGAGAACGCCCCACAAGGCACCGCACUGACGUUCGUUGAUCCCUACGUGCCGCGGGUCUAUGACGAUGAUACGGGCAAGAACGGCGUCUUCUCGCUGACGUUGCUCAACAACAACGGCACGUUCGAGAUCAGUCCGAAUGUGGCGGAACGGAGUGCCGGUUUCCUAAUCCGGGUAAGGGAUAACUCCAUGUUGGACUACGAGCAGCGGCAUUCGGUGCAGUUCCAAGUUCUGGCCCAGGAACUCGGUCCGGCAACUAAUCUUUCGGCGCUGGUCAAUGUUACGGUUUAUAUCAACGAUGUGAAUGACAAUGCUCCGGUCUUUGAGCAGCCAGCUUAUUCCGUAGAGCUUCCGGAGAACAUGACGGCGGGUACAAAGGUCGUUCAAGUACUGGCCACUGAUCCCGAUUCCGGUUUGGGUGGUAAGGUGCGUUAUACGGCCAUUCUGGGUUAUCUCAAUACCUCUCUGAAUCUGGAUGCGGAGACGGGACUGAUCACUGUCUCCACCAACAAACACGGCUUCGAUCGGGAAGUUAUGCCCGAAUACCACCUCUACGUGGAGGCAAGGGACAUGGAUGGCGAGGGAAACCGGGCUCAAGUGCCAUUAAUAAUCAAACUAAUAGAUGUCAACGAUGAAAUGCCCAUCUUCGAUAAGGAUCUUUAUGAGUUUAUACUGACACACGACUUAAUGGGCUUCACCACUACGGCAGUGAUCCAUGCGGAGGAUAAGGACGCCACUGCUCCGAAUAACGAAGUGCGCUACGAGAUCAUCAAUGGGAACUAUGACAAUCAGUUUGUACUGGAUAAGGUAACCGGUGAACUGACGGUCAGGGAGAAGAUCAAUCUGAGAUCCAAGAAGAAUGCCAAGACGAGAAGACGUCGGCAGACGGGUUCAGAUGAUGAGGAUACGGAUAUAUUUAUCCUGACAGCCAGAGCCUACGAUCUCGGAGUACCAGUUCGUUUCUCCACCACUACCAUUCGUAUUUAUCCACCAGAAAGCCGAAAACGUACCGUAAAGUUUGUGGUGCCAGGACAUAAUCCAGAUAAGGCCAAAACCGAGGAAACACUUUCAGCCCUGUCGGGUGGCAAGGUGUAUAUCCAUAAUAUUCGUCCUAUGAGACCCGACGAGCCGGGUGCCAAGGAUAUAGAAGCUAAAAAUCCGGCUAUUAAGGAACGUAGCGUGGUAACGGCCACAGUGAUCUAUGAUAGCUCUUCGGUGGUGGAUAUAUCGGAGAUUCAACAAAGAUUGUCCCAUCACAACAACUCGUAUGCCAUCAUGCCGACGGACUCCUCCGGCACAGAUACUCUCACUCCCUUGCAGACUCAGUACAAGGCCGAGAACAAGGUGCUCUUCUGGCUGCUUAUCCUGCUGGCCACUCUGGUGGCAUUGACUAUCCUUAUCCUGCUUCUCUGCUGCAUCUGCUCCUGGUGUCCACUUUACGGGGCAGCAACCAAAAGAAUAGUUAAUAUCAGUAGAACUGAAGACGAUGUGCAUCUAGUGCAUAGGGAAAUGGCAAAUGGAAAACAAACAAAAUCUGUUCAGGUCGCCGAGUGGAUGGGAAGACGCGAUGCCUGGUCAGCGGAGAAACCUCCAGAUACCCGAACGAAGCCCACCCGCUGGGAGUUCCACGAUGGACGUGAACAGCUUGACGAAGACGUAGGAAGGGGCCAGGACAUCGGCGAAGGACGACACAUCCAAUCCGCCGAAGAGCAGCAGCGACGUGUUCGCAUAAAGCAUAACCGCACAGCCAAAGACGAUCUUCAUCUUAAUUUUCAUAACUCUAGGACUAAUCUGAUCAACGACCGCGACGUAUACAUGGAGGAUGUGAUUGAAAACCGUGACCUGGCGGAUGAGAGGGAGCAUAUUUCCAGGACGCGAGUGAACAGGCAGGAGUAUGCCCGUAGGAAACAGUACGACUCGGAGGUGCGGCACAUCGAUGAUGAUUCCAUGCGAAGGCAUGAGAUUGACCGAGGCAGUGACAUCGACUUUAACACGGCUCACAAUAGUCUGAAAAGCAAGCGAGAGCUGUUCAUCAAGGAUGGAAAUGUGGAGAUCCUUCAGCUGAUGACCAGGGAUAAGACUAGGGAUGGCUUAAAUCUGGACGAUGACAAUAUCUAUGUGAAUGUCCCACUUAAACCGGCGGGUAAUCUCUCCCAUCCCCAGCUACUAAUGGUUGAUAACUCUGGGAAGGAGAUCCUAAUGCGUAGGUUUAUAGAAGAGCAGCCGGAUGGCAAGCAGAUCAUCAGGGAACACUAUCAGAUAGUUCCAGGCGCCACAUAUAUCCAAUCAAUGCCCAAUGAAGUUCAACAGGGAUCGACCUUGAAGGGUGAUACUUUCCCGUUGGGAAAAUCGGGACCAAAUAGCAUAGUUUACUCUCAACUAGAACCAGAGGUGAAGGUCAUCCACACACAGCCAGUGCAGGCAGGUGAAGGCGUCUCCUUGGAGCAACAGAUGCAGCCAGCAGUUUCGAAUCAGUCACUCACCCACGAACUGGAGAACUCACUUAAGCAGCAGAAUGCCCUACUACGGCAGAUUCUUAUGGAGAAGGAGAAGCUGGAGAAUGCCUACACCCAACACGAAGUGGCCUUGGAGACACAGAGUCUUCCAGGCCAGUCAAUGGCCAUAGGAACUCAGACGGAUUGCGAUGCUGGUACUCAGACAGAGGGAUUUGAUGGCGUCGUGGAUCCAGAAAUAUCUCAGGCUAAACCCUCUCGACGGAGAGCUCGUAGCGAAAACGAUGAGUCCAUGUCGGAGGAUGGAUACGAGUACGUUCGGUUUAACCCACCAAACAGUCCCGAGGGUGUUUAUUGGAUCAAGCGAAGGAGGACGAAAAAACGGCCAAGACAGCCACGGAAACGUAUUGUGAUGGUGGAGGAGGUGAAACGCAAGAUUCGGACGCCCAUCAAGGAGGAGGAGGAAGUUCAGGAGAGGAAGAAGCGAGUGCCACCCAAGAAACCUCUGAGGGAGACCAAAACUAGCAUCCUGCGCAAGCAGCUCAGUGACGAAAGUCGCAAGGACCAAUCCCGAAAUGGGGAAAGCCAAACUGGCAAUCGCCAUAGAUCCGAAUUGGACUCCCGAAACCACGAGAUGCUCAUGGAAAUAACCGAUUCCAUGGACGAACUAGCCAGUCCGGGAUCUCAUAGCAUCCGAAAGAUUCAGGUCGAGAAGUACUACAAGCACUCGGAUGCUGACUUCGAUGAAGACGAUACGGAGUACUCUAUGGAUUCAGAUGGAGAUGAGAUUGUGAUUCGAACCAAUUACCCCAGUCGGAAUCAGGGGAACGAGAGAUACCGAAGGGAAGAGAAGAUCUAUGCGGAGCCAGAAGCCCAAUCGGGACACAAAAGGCCUUCAAGAAAGCCUUCGCCUACGGAUUCCCAGCCAGAAGCAAUGCCCCGACUGUCACGACGCGAUAGCUCCAAGAGAACAUCCAGAAAACAAACCUCCUCUGAGCCACCACACAACCGAGUAUCCAUCUCCAAGUACGAGUCCACGGUUACCGAGAAUGGUAGGAAGCUCAUGUCCACCUCCACGGAAAUAGUUGGCUCCAAGAGAUCCCUGACGGAUCGGAGUUAUCAGAGUGAAACCGAGUUGGCUGGCCUCGAGCCUGAAGAACGUAAUGUGCCCAAGUACAUGGAGUGGUAUUACAACAAGAAGAAGUCAUCCGUUAGUGGACGCACGUCCACAGAGUCAUCCAAGUCACAGCCAUCAAGCAAGAAGAAGGUUGGAGCUGCGGAAAAACGAGUUUCCAAAACCAAAAUUACAGUCCAUCCCAAGGACUUGGAGGACGAUGAUGAGGUUGGGGGCAGAUACAAACCGGAGCCGGCGCCAAGGAAGUCCCCACCGAAGGGUAGUAGGAUGCUAAAGGAAGACCGAGCUUUGAACAAGCAGCACAAACCAAAAAUCGAGACUGACACGAAUCACCCACUCCUCCAGCAUUCGGAGCAUCGUUUUGAAAGGGAGAAUGCCCUGGAGGUGCCGGCGGCGCCUACGAAGCUGCCUCAUUACAUGUAUCCAGAGACGCCGCCACAUGCAGCUGCCGCUAGUAAAGAAUCCAAGUCCAGUAAAGAGUCAAAGCCCAAACCCAAGCCAUCACCCAUCCGGGAAAAUGAAGUCAAAGUUUCCAAUUCAAAGAUCUACGUGGAGAGUCGUGGUACGGGGAAUCCCCCACAAAAACAGCUGAAUGCCUCGACCCUAGAAGAUGAUCAUGAUUCUGGAAUAGCCAUGAACUCACUGCUCAAUAGCCUGGGACGUCGGAAUCCCAUUGCCGAGAAGAAGAGCGUCUUCUCCAUAGCCUACGACGAUGUUAGUCGGGUGAAGAAGAUCAACUCGGGUGGCGAGUCACCGCAGUACUCGUAAGUGGAGGAUCGAUUCCCAAAACCCUACAAAAGGAACAAUCAUAUGUGAUAGCCUCAAAGGCUCCCUACCUGCGAAUCAUCGAACCAACACUAUCUGCAAUACUGUAUAAUAUACACCAAAAGCCAGCAAACAUGUUAAUCCAUAUUCGUAGUCUACGGGAUGUUGAGAUUAUAGAAAUGUUCAACUCGUUUCCGUGCACCGAAAUUACGUUAAGAUCCGGAUCGAUUAGCCGCUUUCAUUUUAUCCAUAAGCCGACAGAUGUAGUUCAAAGUUUUAUAUAUAUUUAACGUUAUACUAUAUAGUAUAUACUAUAUACUAUAUGUGGCAGCUUUCGGUUGAGAGAGAGAUUACUUUUCUAGCCUUGUCACUCGAACGUAUUCAACUCUAUCCUAUAUGCUAAAUAUACCCGACUAUGUAUGACCAAAAUUGUUAAGAUUAUUUAUAUACGAAUAGUGUUUAAUGGAUCUGUGUACAUACAUAUAUACAUACAUACAUACAUUUGUAGCUAUAGCCCACAAGUCAUUACCAAGUGCUUUCCUAACCGAAACUUGUGCAAAGGUGUAUGUACAUAAGCUAAUGUACAUUUUGCAGUCGAAUAAACAGAUGCCUGCCAUAUUGAAAACACUUGCUAAUAAUAUAAACUUUAAAAUCGAAAGCAAGUUUUUGUAAAUACUUUAAGUAUAAGCUUAUGCAAAUAAAUCAAAUUAAUCCCAAAA